AUGGUUUUCCUCGCACGAGUGACAAUCGUUUUCCUUCUGGUGUGCGCCCUGCUCUGUUGGGCACCGACCAUUGGAAAAGAAAAAAAGACAGUAAAAAAAGAAGUAUGCUUUUUUCAAAAGUUAAGGAACAAAUUAAUCAACUACAUUGCAAGCAAGAAAAAGUUUGAUUCAAACGGAUGGAUAGAUUUGUCUCUGCUGAAAGGUGAGAAGUUCCAUCCAAUCGAUCUACGUAUAGAAGAUGAUAAAGUUAUUUGUAACUCCAACAAACAAAUUAUGGAAGUAACUGUGGUGAAACAGAAGUUCCUAAAGCACACAGUCGAUGCGUCUUAUCACGAAUUAACAGUGCACACUAAAAAAAUGCCUUCCGAUGGAAAACAUCUUUCCAUAAUCCCAUUAAUGAAAAUGAAAACGAACAAAAAACAAGGGGGAAGAACUACACUUGCAAAAGAAGCAUGGUUAUCCCCUGUGUAUGCAUUUCCCCCUAAUUUUGAAGGUUAUAUUGUAUGCACAAAGAAAAAUACAAAUGCUUUGUUCGUGCCAAAGGCAGUGAAACCGGUGCAGUUUGUAUCAGGUCCAUGGAAAGUACGCGUAAGUGUAAACUUCUAUAAAUGUCCACUCUCCAAUUUUGGCAGAAUAUUCCAAAUAACCAUAAUAGACCAAGUAAAUAUUCUAUUGAAUAAGGAGAAAUCGUUCAUCUGGCCGAUUCCUCUAACUUCUUUUUUCCAAGUGUAUGAUUUACAUUUAGCAGUUAGAGAAUGUAAGAAAGGGAAUUUUUGUGAUCUAGAGUAUACACCAAACAGGGAUGGAAGCAAUGGCACUCUUACAUUGAAUUGUCAAAGUUUGGGGAAGACAAAGAAUCUUAGCAUGACUAAUGCAUUACUGUUUUCAGCUUACCUGGGUAUGGCAGUCGCCCAGGGUUUAUCCUACCCAUUGACGCAUAAAUCUCCAGACGAUUAUCUAAAUAACCAGUAUAGUGAUGCUUCAACGGGCACUCCAAGGAUUCACAAAGGAGUUACUAAGUCCUACCUUAUGGAUGAGGAUCUAGAGGAAAGACACAAAAGUUCAUUAAAGAAGCUCACUCUCAUCACAAAUUUACUCUUUCUAGGCGGAACAGGAAUUGCCAACGCUGCUUAUGGUAUUAAAACUCUUGUAGAUAUCGUCAAAAAUUUGAAAAGCAUAAAUGAGGAAUUUGAACAGGCCUUGUCUUUCUAUCCAUGGGAAUUGCGCUACCCUAAGAGUGACCUCGGUUCACAGGGGGGCAAAAUGCCUAAGGUAGAGUUGGAGAAAAAAACGGAAAAAAGCGGCAAGAAAGCAGAGCCAAAGGAGAAGGGAGGGAAUAUUAACAAAGUAGUGACGAUGUACGAGAUGGAUGCGAGCCAGAUAAUUCAAACCGGUAACAAGCAGGGCAACCAAAAGGAAGGAGUAACCCAAAAGAAGAACAAGAAAAGUGUGAAUGACAGCCAAGUCAAUGAUUCCAAGGCACCCCCCAAAGAAAAUGAACCUAGCAUUCUAAAAAUCUUCGAACAAAAUAUUGUAGACAAUUAG